UAUGAAUUGAAAACUAAUUCAAUGAUUAUAUAUUUGAUUGAAUAAAAUACUUAAUUUUAUCAAUAAUUAGAUAAUUUUGAUUUUCACACCAUCUCUGGUAAUGACAAAAAUCAUUAGAAAAGACACGUUAGUAUUGGUGACCAAAUCUGGUCAACAAAUUCUUUUGGGACUCAAGAAGCGGGGUUUCGGUUGCGGAAAAUGGAAUGGAUUCGGCGGUAAAGUAGAAAUGAAUGAAACCAUCGAAGAAGCGGCCAAACGAGAACUUCUUGAGGAGUCAAACCUCAAAUGUAAUGAUAUGAAGAAAGUCGGGAUUUUGAGCUUUGAGUUCGUUAACGACUUGACKGCACCCAAACAUCUGGAAAUUCAUGUCUUUCAUACCGAAGAUUAUUGGGGAGAAGUCCAAGAAUCUGAUGAAAUGAUGCCAAAAUGGUUUAAUAUUGAAGACAUACCAUUCAAUAAUAUGUGGGUUGAAGAUCAUCUAUGGUUCCAAUUAUUACUUAAGGGAUCCCGAUUUAGAGGUUUCUUUAAAUAUAGUGGUCAAUCAAUUAUCACUGAAUAUAUUCUUCAAGAAUUAAGUAAAGAAUGUAAAUUAGAUCCAAUUGAGUAUUGA